AUGGGGCAGGGAAAGAGUACUCCCCUCUCCCUCACCCUAGCACAUUGGAAAGAUGUCCGGAGCCGGGGUCACGACCUCUCCGUCACUGUCCGGAAGGGCCCCUGGCAGAUACUCUGUUCCUCAGAAUGGCCCACCCUUGGUGUUGGGUGGCCCACGGAUGGAACCUUUAACCUUUCUAUAAUCUUUGCAGUGAAGAAGAGAAUCUUUGCACCGUGUCCCCGAGGACAUCCGGACCAGCAGCCCUACAUCAUUGUCUGGCAGGACCUCGUCCAGAACCCCCCCCUUGGGAAUCACCCCCCUUUCUCUGAAGACCCCCAGCGUCUGACUGGGUUGGUCGAGUCCCUGAUGUUCUCUCACCAGCCCACUUGGGAUGACUGCCAGCAGUUGCUCCAGACUCUUUUUACUACUGAAGAGAGGGAGCGGAUCCUCCUGGAGGCGCGGAAAAACGUCCCCGGGCCCGAUGGGCACCCGACUCAGCUCCCGCCUCUGAUGGAUGCCGCUUUCCCUUUGACCCGACCAAAUUGGGACUUCAACACGGCAGAAGGUAGGGAGCGACUGACAGUCUACCGCCAGACUCUAGUGGCAGGCCUCAGAGGGGCGACACGGCGCCCCACCAAUUUGGCUAAGGUAAGAGAAAUUCUUCAAGGGCCAACUGAACCUCCUUCCGUCUUCCUUGAGUGGCUGAUGGAGGCGUUCAGGCGGUACACCCCUUUCGAUCCCACUUCAGAGGGACAAAGGGCCUCAGUGGCUAUGGCCUUCAUAGGCCAAUCGGCCUUGGACAUUAAAAAAAAACUCCAGAGGUUAGAGGGAUUACAGGAUUUCACUCUUCAGGAUUUAGUUAAAGAAGCAGAAAAAGUAUAUCACAAAAGGGAGACAGAGGAGGAAAAAGAGCAAAGGAAAGAAAGGGAAAGGGAGGCAAGAGAAGAUAAAAGAGAAAAAAGACAGGAGAAGAGGCUAACACGUAUCCUGGCCGCAGCUGUAGGUGAAAAUAGACCGCAGCAAAAAGGGAAGGGUAGAAAGACAGACAACCCGGGCAACAGGCCACCGUUAAGGCCAACCCAAUGUGCCUUUUAUAAGGAAGACGGGCAUUGGAAAAAGGACUGUGGACCUAGGGACAAGAAAGAUGAACACCGGCUGAUCAAAGCCAGUGCUAAAGGAAAAAGGAAAAUAGAUGAUGAGUGGCUACGACUGUACCCUGAAACAUGGGCUGAGACUGCGGGAAUGGGUCUGGCCAUUGGACAGCCCCCUGAGCGGUGGAUGUCAAACGCCCGAGUGACCCAUUACCAGAGCCUUUUGCUAAACGGUGAUCAAGUCUUCUUUGGGACACCGGUGACACUGAAUCCGGCAACCCUGCUGCCGGAGGUGGACCCAGAGGGCAAGGAGAUCCUUCACUCCUGCCAUGACAUCCUAGCGGAAGAAACAGGACCAAGGAGAGACCUCCGGGACGUGCCACUGCCUGACCCACACUACACCUGGCUGGCAAUUCCGAUUGCAGCCGACGAGAUUACCCCACCCUCGGCCUCCUGGAGUAGUUUGUGCAAGAUUAAGCCUCUGGAAUUUCCUCUUAUCCGUCUGCCCCGAAACUCCUCUUAUCGGUUUGCCCCUGACCACCUGUGUGUGGUUUUUACCUUUAUAAACCUCAAACUUGUAAGCCUCAGCGCGGCAGCUACCCAACCUGGUGACGCUGUGCGCCCCUGCGCUGCGCUUGUAAUAAAACCUCUUGCUUUUUGCAUCAAGUCUCGGUCUCCGCUCGCUUUUCAGGGUGGUCGUCUCUCCCCUGGGCCCACCGCGGAAUUAUCUGCUGUCUAA